GCCGGGUCCGGGGUUUGCGGGGUGUGGGGGCGGUGCUGGGAGUACUGUGGGCACCGCCCAUCACGCCCGCACCCCCUUUUCUCGGCGCGAUCCCCUCGGCGCGGGCCUCGGGCUGGGCGGCCACCCCCAAUCCCUAGGUGUUCCCUCAGCCCCUUCCUACCGCUGGGGCCUUGCGGUCUCCCUGGACCGGCACAGUCCGCCCCCAGCUCUUCUCUCGUGUCAGCUUCCCCACCCCCUGCUUUUAUCCCCCACCUUCCGUCCCUACUCCUGUCUUGGCCAGGAGUGACCCUCAAGAGAUAGUGUGAAGCUAGCGCAGGCGGGGCAAUUUCUGUUCUGUUCUCUUUGCCAUUUACGGUUGAGGAGGUGUUUGGAGUCACCUUCGGGUCAGCUUUCUGCUCAUGUUUUCUGCCUAAACAUAUGAUCAUUCCCGUGAGACUUCACUGCACGUUUUGUCAAGUGUCUUCCUCAUCCCUAAUGUGUAAUCCUUCAACAUGGACCUGCUACUUUAGCUAAGAUAUGACCAGCAACGAAUAGUAGUAAGAUAUGUGCUGAUUAGACGGCUCAAUUGUGCAGUGUGGAGGAUAAGACAGUGCCUUACAAAAAUGGGGUUUGGGAGUGACCUGAAGAAUUCACAUGAAGCUGUGUUAAAAUUGCAAGACUGGGAAUUACGGUUACUGGAAACAGUGAAGAAAUUUAUGGCCCUGAGAAUAAAAAGUGAUAAAGAAUAUGCAUCUACUUUACAGAACCUUUGUAAUCAAGUUGAUAAGGAAAGUACUAUCCAAAUGAAUUAUGUCAGCAAUGUAUCCAAGUCUUGGCUACUUAUGAUUCAGCAGACGGAACAACUUAGUAGGAUAAUGAAGACACAUGCAGAGGACCUAAAUUCUGGGCCCUUACACAGGCUCACCAUGAUGAUCAAAGACAAGCAGCAGGUGAAGAAGAGUUAUAUAGGUGUUCAUCAGCAGAUAGAGGCAGAGAUGAUCAAGGUCACCAAGACAGAACUAGAGAAAUUAAAAACAAGCUAUAGACAAUUAAUAAAAGAAAUGAAUUCUGCCAAAGAGAAAUAUAAAGAAGCUGUAGCUAAAGGGAAAGAAACUGAAAAGGCUAAGGAACGUUACGACAAAGCCACAAUGAAACUUCAUAUGUUGCAUAAUCAAUAUGUAUUGGCAUUGAAAGGGGCGCAGCUUCAUCAGAAUCAGUAUUAUGACACUACACUUCCUCUGCUUCUGGAUUCCUUACAAAAGAUGCAAGAAGAAAUGAUAAAAGCACUGAAAGGUAUAUUUGAUGAAUACAGCCAGAUAACCAGUCUUGUUACAGAGGAAAUAGUGAAUGUCCAUAAAGAGAUUCAAAUGUCAGUUGAACAGAUAGACCCUAGCACAGAAUACAAUAAUUUUAUAGAUGUUCACAGAACGACGGCUGCUAAAGAGCAAGAAAUUGAGUUUGAUACUUCCUUACUAGAAGAUAAUGAAAAUCUACAGGCAAAUGAGAUUAUGUGGAAUAAUUUAACAGCAGAAAGUUUGCAAGUAAUGUUGAAAACUUUAGCAGAGGAACUUAUACAGACACAGCAGAUGCUUUUAAAUAAGGAGGAAGCUGUCCUGGAGCUAGAGAAGAGGAUUGAGGAAUCUUCUAAGACCUAUGAAAAGAAGUCUGAUAUUGUACUUCUGCUAAGCCAAAAACAGACACUUGAAGAGCUAAAACAGUCAGUCCAGCAGCUGAGAUGCACUGAGGCAAAGUUUACAGCACAGAAAGAAUUGCUAGAGCAAAAAGUGCAAGAAAAUGAUGGGAAAGAGCCGCCUCCAGUAGUAAAUUAUGAAGAAGAUGCACGAUCAGUUACAUCUAUGGAAAGAAAGGAGAGGCUAUCCAAAUUUGAGUCUAUUCGUCAUUCAAUUGCUGGAAUCAUUAGGUCUCCAAAGUCUGCACUGGGCUCUUCAACAUUCUGUGAUACGAUCCCCAUAAUUGAGAAGCCUCUGGCAGAACAGGAUUGGUACCAUGGUGCAAUUCCCAGAAUAGAAGCGCAAGAUCUGUUAAAACAACAAGGAGACUUCUUGGUGCGAGAGAGUCAUGGGAAACCUGGUGAAUAUGUCCUUUCUGUAUUUUCUGAUGGACAAAGGAGACACUUUAUCAUACAAUUUGUUGAUAACAUGUAUCGUUUUGAAGGCACUGGGUUUUCAAAUAUCCCUCAACUUAUAGACCAUCACUAUACAACAAAACAGGUCAUCACUAAGAAAUCAGGUGUAGUUCUGCUGAAUCCUAUUCCUAAGGAUAAGAAAUGGGUUCUCAAUCAUGAAGAUGUCACGUUGGGAGAAUUACUGGGCAAGGGAAAUUUUGGUGAAGUAUUUAAGGGCAUAUUAAAGGAUAAAACUGCUGUUGCUGUUAAAACGUGUAAAGAAGAUCUUCCUCAGGAACUGAAAAUAAAAUUUUUACAAGAAGCCAAAAUUCUCAAGCAAUAUGAUCAUCCCAAUAUUGUCAAACUUAUAGGAGUUUGCACACAAAGACAGCCUAUCUACAUAAUUAUGGAACUGGUUCCAGGAGGUGAUUUCCUCUCCUUUCUGAGAAAGAAGAAGGAUGAAAUAAAACUCAAACAAUUAGUGAAAUUUUCAUUAGAUGCUGCUUCUGGUAUGGCCUAUCUUGAGAGUAAAAACUGUAUACACAGGGAUCUUGCUGCAAGAAACUGUCUGGUAGGUGAAAAUAAUGUUCUGAAAAUCAGUGACUUUGGAAUGUCUCGUCAAGAGGAUGGUGGAGUGUAUUCAUCUUCUGGCUUAAAGCAGAUUCCCAUUAAAUGGACAGCACCAGAAGCUCUUAAUUAUGGGAGAUACAGCUCUGAGAGUGACGUGUGGAGCUUUGGCAUCCUCCUCUGGGAGACCUUCAGCUUAGGGGUCUGCCCAUACCCUGGAAUGACAAAUCAACAAGCUCGGGAGCAAGUGGAAAGAGGAUACCGAAUGUCAGCCCCUCAGCAUUGUCCAGAGGACAUUUUUAAAAUUAUGAUGAAGUGUUGGGAUUAUAAACCUGAAAACCGCCCCAAGUUCACUGAACUUCAGAAAGAGCUCACUGUCAUCAAGAAGAAAAUCACAUAGUGACAGAACAGUGCAAACUCAGCCUCCAGGACUUGGUCCUCCAGCAGAGUAAUAUUGUUCUUCUCGUUAACAAUGAGUUUAUACCACGUUAUGUGCAACAGUCUUCUAAGGUUAUUUUUUUUAAUUAACUGUUUUUUAAAUAUGUGCCGUUAAAAAAAGUCAAAGGCAAAUGCAUUCAAGAAACAGGUAGUCCUACCAAGGGCUUUCUUAGCUCACCACAGCAAUCCUGGCAUUUCAGCCCUUUGUAAAUAGAAAAGCACAGGCUCUAAACGUGAGGGGGAACCAAUCCAUCUUUUUCACACCAGGACCAUCAAUGUUUCUCAGAGAUUUUUUACUUCAGACCCAGUUCACGGCUGCUGUCCCAUGCCACAGACCCUACUCGAUCGGUGCUAUCAGCUGCAUUGGUAAUGCCAUGUCUGCAGGACACAUUCCAACCAAAGUUGGCUUUCUGCUCUGCCAAGGCAAGAGUGUAUUUGUAAACAUCAUUUUAUAUUGAGAAUUAUUUAGACCUCCUAGGGGUUUUCUUUCCUUUCUCGCCAGAAAUAAGCGCAGUGUAAGAAUCCUCACAUUCCUGUCUUAUUGGUAAACCUGUUGUUUCCCUCCCCUUUUGUCCAGGCAUCAGAAAAUGAUACCUGGAACGUCCUCAAAGAGCUCUUAAUUGAGGCCACAGCUUUUAAAGAAUGUUUCAGACAGCUGUGAUGGCAAGAAGUAAGUUGGAACAGGAGGACGGUCUGGAGAAAGGGGCAGCUAAAGUCAUCAUCAAAGAGAAGGAAAGGAAAAUAGAAAAUCUGCCUUCUUACCAGAGUUAUGCCUUUACACACACACACACACACACACACACACACACACACACACAGACGUGUGCUUUAUUUUAUGGUCUGAUUCAUGAAAAAGGUUUUAAGAAAUGUUUUCAGGAGUUCAUAGAUAGAGCCUUCUUGUCAACAAAAAAUUCUUUAGAGAAAUUCCAAAGCACGAGUCUACAGAAAUAGCAGCAUAAUUUUAAGUACCUUCAUUUGAGAGGAGACAUCCCAGAAUUUAAUUCUGUUCAUUUGUGCCAGUUUCCAGAGCUGUCAGAAUAUGAUGAUUCUAGUUCAUAAACACAUCCAUGUGUGUACACACAUGGGCGUGCACCCCACACACAGCCACACACACGCACAUAAUACCGAGAAACCUGGCAGGUAUGAAUGGAGUAAAUGGUUAAGAAGUCAGGUGAACCUUAUUAAGGAAAAAGCUGUAGAGAUAGCGCUCCUUUGUCCACCUUCCCCCUCAUUUACUCUUAUACUGCUACCUGAAAAUUCUUAUCAUUAGCCGACCCAUAUAUGAGCACAGUUUGGAGAUGCUUCAUAUGAAUAAAAUGUAACAGAGUUUAAACUAGGACUGUCUUUAGCUGAAUCUUAGCUUCAUCCAGGGAACUUACCCCAUGGUCUGUAUAUAGUUGCCUCUCAGGAUAAAUAUGUGUGUAAGAGAUGGUCACGCUCAGGGGUAAAUGUGGCCUGGGAGCUUUUAAUAAGUGCUCAGGCCUGUGUCCAAAUAGCACAGUAGUGAUUAUUUGGUCUACAUUCAUUGGAAGAGCUUAUGGGAUAGAAAAUUCCUCCUGCCCCCUCCACAUAUUUGCUGCCUAGGAAUAUCACUGCGCACAACUCACACCCAGUACUACUUUCAAGAGUAAACAGGAUAAUACUGAGGAGAAAAAUGGCUUGUGUCUACCACUUCAAUCUCCUUGAAGUUUCACACACAUUUAAUGAUUACCACAUCCAGACGAAAAUGAAAGCAUAAUAAACUCGCCCACAAAAUAUUGCAAUAUACAAAGUAACUGUUUUAAUCAGCAUUGUUUCCCUUCUGUCAAAUAUUAUGAGUAAAAUGAAACCUUCUUUUCAUGGCAUAUACUGUGGUAAAUCAAAGCAGACUCAUGAAUUAAGAUUAAGAGCUCUGGUCUUCAGGCACUUGGCCAGCCUUCAAAAGCAAGAAUAAAAUGGCGACAUUUCCACCCUUUGCCAGUAUUUCCAAGUGCAUCUCUCUGUAAUAUUCUUUGCUUAAAGAAAACAGCCUCCCAUCACUUAGCAGCCCCAAUGCUAAGCUCUCAGCAAAGAGAGAGAAUGUUGGUUUGGGCUUUAAUUUUGUGAACAAGACCUGAAGCCUAAUCAUUGCAUUCUGGUGUAGAGAACGAACAUGGUAUUGAUAUUUCACUCAUCCAGGCUGUUAGAAUUUGCAGUUCACAUCGUAACUCUGUGCUUAAAUUAAAGAAGCUUUUCAAAACAUCAUGACAUCUGCAGCAUUUAAAUUCUAUUUUAUUCUUUGUCCCAAAGCAGGCAGUGGUACAGUUCAGGAUUAAUAACUCAUCGGGAGUCUUUCAGGAUCAUAUCAGUUAUAUAGAAUAUUAAAUUUAAUAUAGGCACAUGCAUUAAGAAAAACUUAUGCAGACUAUUUUUUACUGUUAACUUUGUUGUGCUUGAAGCAUAAUUUAUUCAUCCCUUCUGUCACUGAUAGUUAUUGGAAUUAUGUACUUUAGGAGGCUAAUCCAUACCCAAAAAGCAUACACACAAAUACUCCUCUGAAUUUGCAAGUUGAUAUAGGGAAAGGUUUCAGGAACACAUAAAAUCCUAUGACUUGUUUAGUAAGAAAACAGUAACCAAUAUUUUAGUAACCAAAAUUGCCACUGGUCUGAAUGUAAUUCAGCCAGAUCACAAAUCUUUGUGUUGUUAAUGGAUUUUUCACGCGUUGCAUCUGUUACUCCUAUGUACUUUCUGUCAUAAUUCCUUAAAUUUAUGAAUAUGGAGGGGGGGGUGGUAAGCCCAGGCAGCCUGACUCUCACCUGCAUUUUUCUAUCUUGAAUCACCAAGGAACCUUUAUGAGAAAUAUUUAGGUAGUUCAUCAUUUUUCAAGGAAAGAAAUCUUUUAUUGUCAGAUUAACAUUUAUCACCAACAUGUGAAACCUAAAAUUAUUUUGCACUCCAUGUAAUCUAAGGUUACUUCCCAAAGCCAACAUAUUCUUUCUCUUCUAGGAAAUAAUAAUAAAGGAUGAAUAGGUUUUGUUUAGACUUUCAAAACCAGAGGUUUCAUUUCAGUCCAUCCUGCCACUAGGUCCCCAGUGAAAGGUCUUAUGUAAUCAUUUCUCUCUUAUCUCCCAAAUUUAAUAUAGUCAAUAAAAUUCUUCAUCCAUAAUUCACCAUUUUAUCACAAAUACAAUAUUACUGAAACCUGUUACUAGCACACCAGUGUAGAACAUGAGUCUAAUUGCUUCAGCCAAUUUUCAGUACACAUUUCACAACUGUUUUCAUUUGAGGGUUGUUUUAAAAGAAAAGAAAAUGUUUAGUCAUGAACUAGUCUUAACUUCCUUUAAACCAUGAUAUGGUUUUCUUGUCUGUGUUAUACUCAUUGUUUCAGUUUUGCCAUAUAGUUUUAUAUAAAGUUUGGCUAAUACCACUAAAAUAACCGUGGCUUCACAGUACUGGUAUGACUUGUGUCAAGAAGAAAGUGUUUUAAUUAUACUAUAUGCCACACACUGAGGAUCUUGUAGUGGGAUAAACAUAAAAAUGAGAACGCAAAAAUACAUGUCUAGGUCGUAUGUUACUGUCAUUCGGUUACCUCAGUCACACUACUUUCCAGUUCACUCAUCAGAUGUUCUAAAAAUGUACCUGCAAACCUUCCCUAGUAUACUCUAUGGGCACUGUUCUGUGGCUGUGUGUCUUCUGACGUGAGAUCAGUUGAUACUUUCUGAAAAGAGGGUUUGUUUGUUUGUUUGUUUGCCUCAACCCUCUUUUUACAUAUACGUACCCCCCCAUCACACCAUUGGUAUUUUAGUUGUUUCUUAUCAACAGAAUUGAUUGUCCAUAAACACUAUUCUGAGUCAUGUAAAGACUGACUUUUGUAUUUAGGAGGUCAGAGCCCUCACACAAAACAGAGAAUAAUGCAAAAUACAAUGAACAAAAAGGGACAGACAAUUGAAAAAAACAUGGUUUCUUUAUGUAUUAAUAUGUUAAUUAAAACAAAGAUUUUAUAUGAAAAUGAGUUUAUAUUACAGUUCCAUUACACUAUUAAGUUAGCAUGAAAGUUUACCAUUAAAAUAAAGUAUUACCUCUUUUUACUAACUCUGAUUUGCUUAUACGUACCAGAAAUUUUUAUUAAAUAUUUUAGUUUUAUUUAUUUUUCUCUGUUUUGAUUAGUUUCAUAUCAAGUCUGAAUAAUAUAUUAUUUGGGAAGAUCCAGAACUACAUAUUAAUUUCUGCCAAAGAAAAUAUUCUAAUUAAAAGUCAAUAUUUCAUGUACCAAGAUUACCUACUUGAAGGAGAUACUGCUACAGUUGUAGAGUCCCAUAAAAUUCUCCUUUAAAAAAUAGUGCUAUAAUACAGAAAGUGUAAAACUGUAUAUCUUAGUCAUAAUUCAAUUUAAGGAAAUAUUUGUAACCCCUUGAAGACCAUCCUACUGCCUCAUACUGAUUCAAAGAUUAAAUUCUGAAAUGUUAAGUGUAGACAUUAAAGACGGCCUAAUAAAGACUGAGAUUCUUAGGUGGUAGAAAAAUCCUACUGUACGAAAUUCCUAGUCACUUUAAACUGGGGAGAUAUAAUGAGCAUAGGCUUCAGCACAUCUGUUACUAAGGCACGGAGGCAAACGUCUACAAAGGCAAAAGAGGAGAGCACCAGUUAUUCUAAGGCAGGAUGAUGCAGCCCCUACAGAGAGUGUAGGAUAAUUAAAGUGGAACGAAGACUUGGACAACGUCACUAGGAGGCCUGAGGAGAACAGUGCCACCAGGCCAGAUCCUUUCCUACAGAAAAUUUAAAAGGUACCAGAGUCAAAAGAAGCAAAAGAGGUCACCUGCCAGCGUGUGGGCCUUCAUGUGAGCAAACCAGACACCUCUCCCUUGCAUGUGUAGCAGCCUCUUAUCCCCAGCUCAGAGGCGACGCUGUGCUGGGCGACACAUGCCCAUUGUCCUCCCAACUAAUGGGUUUGGCCGUAUCUGCUUAGACUUUUAACAGAGACUUCUCUAAGUCUCUUUGUAUUUGAGUUAGUGAUACUAUUUCUUCAACUAAAUCACUGAUUAUUCACACCUCAUUAGAAGUCUGGUUGCAGUGGGGCUGGUCUCCUAAGUGAGAGCACGCUGAGAUCAGCCAUGUCACCUUUUGACUGAUGUUGACUAACUGGCUCCUAGAGGUACCCCAGAGGGACCUUCCUCUGAUGAGCGCAGCUCUGGGGAAACAUGGAAUGCAGCAGGGAAGGAGGGGAGCACCGAUUAAAUAGCCAUGCUCCUUGUCUUUAUACUAAUAACAUGUGAGGGAAGGAAUCUCAGAAGCAUCCUAAAGCCAGUCGCAGCGCAGCAUGGCUUAGGUCAGACAUGGAAGGCAGAAAAAGAGACACCCAAAAAGGAAGAUUGAAGGACAGGAAGGGCAAAAACAAAGUGCCAACGCAAAGUGACUCAAGGGCUCACCUUCCAACAAAUAAAUGUGGUAUCAAUGAGGGAAAGCGAAUCCUCAAAAGGGAAUUUUGAGGUGCUUCCCGCUGCAUGGUAUUAAACAUUACGUACCUCUCAAGUUUCUACAACACUUCUUAAAGGGCACUAAGUGGGGUAUUGAUUUGAUUUUCUUUAUGCUCCCUAUAAUCUCAAGAGCAAGCCACUGUUGAAUGAGAAUUACUCUUGCUUGGUUUUUCUGGAAGGCUGCAGGUAUGACAGUGGUUCAGCCCACUUCCUAAGCAGUAAGGAACUGAGGGUGGCACACAUAUGUCUGGGGCAGCCAGCAUUGGAGGAAAACUGCUGUGAAAUUUCCUUCUUAUUAUUUUAUGAAAGAAAAGAUACCUUGCGGGUGUCUCUGCCUGCAACAUAAAGACAGAUUAAGCUUCCCUCCUUGCCAGCAAACUUGCAAGGGCUCCCAAAGAAGAAUAUUUAGAAUUCACUCUAAAAAGAUUCAAAUAUUGAAUUUCUAAAUUAUCUUCCCAAACAUUACCACUAAAGUCAGAAGAUGUGAGAGUUCUACAAAGUAAUAAAAUGUUCUAAGUGACGGUAAUGACCCUGGUAGCAGAAUUUUGUAAUGUUUUCCCUCAGCUUUAUUCCUUCAGAAGCUUUUUCUCAAUAUCUGCCAUGUCAGGUUCAGGGAACCCUACUGGGUGCUAGUUUUUCUAGGUUUUUUUUUUUUUUUCUGGUUGGUAUUUCUUUUUCUCAUGUUCAGUUUCUUAAUCUUUACCAAAACAGAAAAGCCUUUUCUCAUCAGCUUUUAUCAGACAGUGUCUUAACUGGCCUAGACCAAACGGUUUCUCCUCACGUGCUCAGGAGGCCCUUGCCUUACAGAGAGCUCCCAGGCACCCAUUUACCAGGCCAACCGCAUACCCUGUGUGAGAGGCCCCGAGGCACAUGCAGCUUAGAGCACAAAGAGGCCUCGCUGUAGUCUCUGUGGUGGGGAUAGGACGACUAGGUGGCAGAUGUGUUUGAUGAGUUACACUAUCAAUAGAGGUUCUUGGGAGAUUUUCCCAGGAUGGAAAGAUCAUUGUGAGCAGAUGUGUCCAGGGAAGCAGCCUGUUGACUUGGCCGAGUAAGCUCACUAGGUGACCUGCCUCCAAAAAAAUGUUAAAACACUAACAAUGAUUAUUUUAAAACCCCGGACAUUUUCAAUUUUUCCAUUCCACUCUUCUCUGCCAGUAUUUUUUAUUGUUUCCUUCAUACUUCUCUUGUCAGUAAAUGUCUAAAAGUAUUUCAGUUGCACAAUGUCAAAGAGUUUUUCCAUAGCUUCAGAAAAGAGGGUAGCAAAUACAAAGACUCAGGUUUAAAAUAAGGCAAUCUACCUAGAGACACAGACCCCAAAGCACUACUGUGUUGAAACACAAACUCUACAGUUUCCCCCAGAGCGGUACCCUUCCUACAAAGCCAAACUUAGUAUCAGAAUAAGCACCUUCUAGAUGCUAUCCAAAGCAGAUUCUAAAAUGACAUACGAAGAAGCCAGAUUUCAACCAUUAAAGCAACAACAGAAACACUACUUUAAUCCCUUUGUACUCAGUUAAAACAUCCAUGCAAAAACUAUCAAUAGAACCAUCCAGGCAGUUCAUCUAAUGAGGAGCUAGUACCUUAUUUUGAAAGCAUAGGAUGGAUGUCAAUGGGAAAUAGCAAUGUUCUGGGCAACACAGAGUAAAUAUAAGAAGGCCAUAAAAAAAAAAUCCCAAUUCCCACAUUGAAGCAGCAAAAAUCUGAGAAUGAAAAAUGAAGUUGUAUAUGAGCCCAAACUUAGUAUUUUCUUCAUGUAGCUCUUGUCAAAUUGUACAACCUUGGGGGUCCUCUUUUGAGUUGCCUGAAAAAUCCUUAUGAAGCAAAAAACUAAAUCCACCCUGCAACCCGCAAUGGGAGCUUGAAUUUCUAAGUGCCCUGGAUUCAGAAACUUAGCGGCUGAGAGGGAAUCUGGAAUGUUAUUACUGAGAUCCCAGGCAAAAGGCCCAUCUUGGCAGUCUUUGCAAGCUUGCUAAUCCAUGCUUUUGUUAAUUUUUAAACAUGGAAGAUGGCAGAGUGGUAGGGGUGAGGAAAACACCCUAUUAUCUACAAAUUUUUUUACAAAUAAUUUUACUUGGUAGAAAUAAACUUGCCUCCUUGCUCUUAAGAAAUGCCAGACUGUUGUAAGCAAAUGGAAAGGGCAUGGUGCCCAGAGCCAUGCUUAAUAUGACCGUGAAGUUUUCUCCUAACCCAAAGUAUAACAGUUCUUGUAUUUAGAUGAUAGGAUGCUGUGAAGGCCCAUCCCCUGCCGGUCUAAUUGCUUUGCCUCAGCUGCAAGUGGAAGACCAAUUCCAACAGAAAUGAACUUAUUUGCCAUAAUUCCUCCUCAGGUGCUAGGCCUUUCACACUUGGAAUGCAUGCAAAAUAUACGUGUUUUAAUGGAAUUCACUAUUUUGGGCUUUAGUGUCCAAGAGAUUGGUUCCACAAGGUUCACCUGAUUCCCCAUAACAAGUAUAUUUUAUAAUCCUAUGAUUCUAAAUCCAAUCCCAGCUAUAGGUUCUGAGCAUCAAAUCAAAAUCAAAGAUAAAGGGGAACUGGUAGAGAGGGGUUUUGUUUAUUUCAGACUCAUGACCAAAGUGGCCCAAAAUGUGAAACUCCCUUUCACUUGACGAACAUUUCACCAUAUGAAAUGCCAGUUACCCCACAGCAUCCUGUGACAUAAUCAGACUCUCAACAUGGACCAGUGGCCAGGAGCACACUUUUCAUGGGCCAUUUCUGUUUAUCAUUUUCCUUCAUAAAUCAUUGAGAUUUCUCACUAAGAGAGCUUUAUUAGUCAGAGGUGUAUAGGUUUUAUGUUUAAUUUAUGUUAAAUAUAUUAAAUCACAUGGCCUACUUAAGCAACAUAUGAGUAUAGCAGGGGUUGGUGGCAGUAUGAAUUCUGCUGACUUUAUGUUAUGGUUUCUUUGUGUUUCUCUUGGUAUGGUCUGGUGAGUACCCUAAAAGAUUAGAACUCUCUGAAGUCAUAGCCAUACAACCACGUAGGGUUAGGAAAAGCCAGAUGAAUGCAGGAGAAUAAAAUCAAGUUGUCAAAGUCCCAGGAACAGCCCUGACUUCUUCAGGAACUCAAGCAAACGGAAAGCAAAGACAAAAUGUACAAAUGGCGCCCAAGCCAUUUGACGGUGGGCGGCCCACUGGCCUAAGGCACUGCAUGCUCCUGGCACAGACCCACAGUGAGUGGUUGCAGAAAUGUGACUUUCUGGGUUGCUUCCACUUCCCUUUGUUAGAAGAUGAGUGUGGGAUGACGGGGUGGGAAUGGGGUGUGCCCUCAGCCCCCCAUGGUACAGAUGUUCCAUCUGCAAGCCUCAUGUUGAGCAAAGCACUCCUGUGGUUUACAGUUUCCUUUUAGUGCCAAUAUUGUCAGGUUAAAGCACCUUUAAUCUUCUUUUGUUGUUAUUUUAAAAUAAUAUAUUUGUUAAGUGGAUUAAAGAAACACUGGAAAUAGGGUGCUUCUUAUAAAACGCUAAAGUGUAAAACACAGAAGCAAGUCCUUUGGUGAGUUUAUCUGGCUUUGUAAACAAGUCUGAAAAUGAAUGAGAGAAAUAUCUAAGCAGUUAGUUGUCUGUCUUUUACCAUUUUUAACUCGGAUCUGUAUUUAACACUUAUUUAUUUGUUAGUUUUACAUUCAGAAGAAAUACACUUUGAACUUCAGCUAACAUUGUAGGGUGUUUUUAAAUUGUUUUCUACUUUUUUAAAACAUGAUUUCAUCAUUUUUGUAAACUUAGAUCAUUUUUGAAUAGCCCUUUUUUCUUUUCCAAUAGACCAAUUACCAUGCAUAGGUCUGUGGAACUUUUUUUUUUUUUUU